UCUUCUUCUUCCCCACGCUACCACUUUUGAAAGCAUUGGAGUUUACUCAGAAUUCAUUCUCACUUCUUUUUUUUUUUUUUCCUCACUUCUACUCACGUUUGAUUAGCCAUGGCUGCCGCAUCUGCAACCGCCAUUCAUCGGAAUCAGGUUGAUCUGUCCGACUUCAUUAACUGGUCUGGUAUCGAGUGCCUUAACCAGAAUUUCAGCCACACUUUUACAAAUGCUCUUAGCCAGACUUGUAGGGAUAAUGAUAGCUUGCUUUUGGAGAGUGAUGCGGAUGAGCAGAUUUUGAUGUACAUACCUUUUAACCAAGUCAUUAAAUUGCAUUCCUUGGUCAUCAAGGGACAUGAAGAGGAAGGCCCUAGGACUGUAAAGCUUUUCUCAAACAAGGAGAAUAUGGGAUUUGGCAACGUCAAUGACUACCCUCCAAGUGACACGAUUGUACUUUCCCCAGAUAAUCUUACGGGAAAGCCAGAAGUUGUAAAGUACGUGAAAUUUCAAAAUGUUCGCAGCUUGACAAUUUUUAUAGAGGACAACCAAUCUGGUGCUGAUACUACAAAGGUUCAAAAGAUUGCCUUGUAUGGAACAACGGUUGAAACAACAGACAUGAAGGGUCUGAAGAAGAUCGAGGACCACUGAAUGCAACAAGACACGAGUCAUAGAUUGUGAGUAAUUGAUAUCAAAGAUCAAUUUUCUUUGAAGAUAAGAACUAACUUAUAAUGGAUUUCGAUGUCAUAUCCUGGAAGUUUGA